AUGGGCAAACCACAGCGACCCGAUAUGGAGCCUGAUGCUGUGGUUGCUGGCUGGGAUGCUAUUCAUGUGGCCACGGUGUUGGAGGACUGUGUGGAUCAGCUCUGUGUGCUUGGACGCAUCAUGCCAGCGUCAUAUGAACUGAAGCCAAAUGUUGUGGGGAUUGUCCGGGAUGAACUCACUCAGCUGGUUAACCAUCAGCUAGAGCUGGAAAACAAAUAUCAGUCAGUCCUUUUUAAAAAGAUGGAGCUCAUAGGCAAAACAAAGAAUCAUGAAAAGCUUCUGGCUGCAGAGAAAGAAGUUCUUAGUGCAGGUGGAGAUCUUAAAAAUUCUACUCAAGUUUUUCAUCGGAGCUUGCGUCAAAGUCCCCUGACUGCAGACAAUCUUAUAAAAGUUCAGAAAGACAGGGGAUAUGUGGAACAGAUUGUGAGUGACACAAUGGCAGAUCUUGUACAGAGAUGCAGUUUUCAACCUUUGUUGAAGGCCGUUACAACAGAGAAGCAACACAAGGCAUCACAUGAACAGACAAUACAGAGUGAACAAGAAGGGAGAAAGAGAAUAAAACAGUUGCAGAAGGAAAUACAAGAUGUGAAAAAAGAACAUGAGAUAGAAAUUCAGCACAGAAUAGAAAUGAUAUCUCAUCUUAAAGAUCAACUGCAGGAAAUGAAAGCCAAAACAGGCAUGGAAAACAAAUAUGUCAGAAAGUGUGCAGACGCUGCUGUGGCACAAACUCAGAAACGUUGCUUCCUGGCCGAGAAAAAGAAGAAAGACCAAACAGAGAGACUGCAGAGAAAGAUUGAUGAAGAGAACAGAGCUCAUCAGGAAAUUAUAUCCUUCCUCCAUUCUCAUAAAUCUGAACUGGAUAAAAAACUGGAGUUCUGGAGUGAGAAAUAUGAGGUUGACAAGGAGGCCAAACAGAAAGAACUGGAUACACUCAAGCAGACCAAGGCUAAGGACCUGGAGAAGCUGCAGGAACUGACCAAACUGUACAAAGAGUAUGAAAUGAUAGUGGUUGAAGACAGAAUAGAGAAGGAGAAAGCUAGAAGAAAAUUGGAUUUGGAAUCCAUUGAGCUCAAAGCAGCAAUAAAA